UCCCCCCUGUCUCUCGCUCCUUGACAGGUUUCUCCUCUCCCUUCCUCUCUCUGUCUGCUCUCCUUCAGCGCACACAGCUCGUUCGCACUGCUGUAGGAGCGUCUGUUGAGCUGCCGAGGCAGAGCAGCUCGCUUUGUCCGUCCUCUGUCAGCCACCUGUGCCGCGGAUGAUGCGGAUGGAGCAGACCCUGUGUUACAUGGAAUAAUUUCAGCAUCAUUGCUGUGUUUUUUCCUCCCCCUCUUUCGGAUUUGCUUCUCUCUCCCCCCUUUAAAAAAAAAAUAAAUUCGCAUCGCCGGGCAUCUAAAGUUGUGAUGAUGCCUCCGCUCAGCAUUUGGGAUUGGUAACAGCCUCCCGUGCGAGGGUGAUACAUCAUUCGCAUGUGAUUGAAGAACGCUGUCUCUCGGAAGUGGACAAAACAUGGACUAAUUUUGCUUUUGUUUUUUUUAUACAUUCACCAUGAGAUUAUUACAGCUGUUUCUGAUUUCCGGUGUAUUUUUCGUCUCCUCAGUUAUAGGUUUUGGGGUUGACCCUGCCCUGCGCAUCAGCGUAUUUGAUGAACUAACGCUUGGAGAAGGCUUUGAUGGAGUUACUCAGGUCCAGGGCUUCCACAGCGAGUCUAGAGCUUUCCACUUCCAAGGGUCCUCCAGGGAAGUAAAAGCUCCCGUGGAGGUCUCAGAGCAAAUGGUCCAGAAGCUAAGAGGCAAGAAUGAGUUUACUGUGUUGGUGACCCUCAAACAGGAUCACCUGAACUCUGGGGUGAUCCUCUCCAUCCAUCAUUCUGAACACAGGUUCCUGGAGCUCGAGAGCAGCGGCCAACGGAGUGAAGUACGCCUUCAUUAUCGCACCAAAGGGCAGCAGGAUCACACGGAGGUGUUCCCUUACAGCCUGGCUGACGACCAGUGGCACAAGGUCUCUGUCGCCGUCAGCGCAUCUCACGUCAUACUACAUGUGGACUGUAACAGGAUCUAUGAGCGGGUGGUGGAACCUCCCUACAUGGACAUACCCGAGGAUACUUCCUUUUGGCUCGGACAAAGAAACGCUGCUCAUGGCUUCUUCAAGGGAGUGAUGCAGGACGUGGAGAUCCUGGUGAUGCCACAGGGUUACAUCUCACAGUGUCCAGACCUUAACAGAACAUGUCCAACCUGCAAUGAUUUCCAUGGACUAGUGCAGAAAAUCAUGGAGCUACAGGAUAUACUUGCAAAAACAUCCAGCAAGGGGGUCGUCUACAGGGAGGAUGAAAGCUGGACAGAUGGCUGCAGGAAUUGCACAUGCACGAAUGGCACGGUGCAAUGUGAGGCCAUCUCCUGCCCUCCCCCUCAGUGCCCGGCGGGCACAGCGCCUGCCUACGUAAAGGGUGCCUGCUGCAAGGAGUGCCAGCCUGUGUGCUUAUUUGGUGGAAGAGAACUGGUGGAAGGAGAUCAGAAAGCUGUACGUGACUCUGCUGGCAGGUGCCUGCUGUUUGAAUGCAGGGACAGGACCAUGCAUCGAGUGGUCCCCAGUGAGCCUUGUCCCGAACUCAACUGUCCGGAGUCGGAGCAGAUUGCUUUGAGUGGCAGAUGCUGUAAAGUCUGCAGAGGUCAUGACUUCUGCUCAGAGGGCAACGGCUGCAUGGAGAACUCUGACUGUGUGAACCUGGAGGCAGGAGACUGCUGUGUUUGUAAGGAUGGCUUCCGCCCACUGCGAGAUGAUAAUGCCUACUGUGAAGAUAUUGAUGAGUGCGCUGAAGGAAAGCACUACUGCAGGGAGAACACCAUGUGCGUUAACACCCCUGGUUCCUUUAUGUGUAUCUGCCAUACGGGCUACAUCAGGAUCGAUGACUAUUCCUGCACAGAACAUGACGAGUGCCUCAGCGGACUCCACAACUGCGAUGAGAAUGCCUUGUGCUUCAACAUGGUCGGAGGCCACAGCUGCUCCUGUAAGCCAGGCUACACGGGCAAUGGGACAGUCUGCAAAGCAAUGUGUGACGGAUUGUGCCAGAAUGGGGGAACCUGCGUUUCACCUAACAACUGUGUUUGCCAGCAAGGAUUUACUGGGAAGAGAUGUGAAACAGAUAUUGAUGAGUGUGCGGACGGCUUUGUCGAGUGCGACAGUAAAUCCACUUGUGUCAACUUGCCCGGCUGGUAUCACUGUGAGUGCCGGGAUGGGUACCAUGACAACGGCCUGUUUUCCGCCAAUGGGGAAUCAUGUAUAGAUAUUAAUGAAUGCAAGACAGGAAGGAACACCUGUGCCAACGACACAGUGUGCUUCAACCUGGAAGGAGGCUAUGACUGUCGGUGCCCCCACGGGCACAACUGCACCGGUGACUGUAUCCAUGACAACAAGGUCAAGCACAGCGGGCAAAUCUGGGUGCUGGACAGCGAUAGGUGCUCGGUGUGCUCCUGCCAGGCCGGCCAAGUGAUGUGCCGCAGGAUGGUGUGCGACUGCGACAAUCCCAACGCCGACCUGUUCUGCUGCCCCGAGUGCGACCCUCGACUUAGCAGCCAGUGUCUGCAUCAAAACGGCCUGCUCACCUACGGCAGCGGAGACACGUGGGUGGAGAACUGCCAGCAGUGUCAGUGCCUGCAGGGGCAGGUGGAUUGCUGGCCUCUGCCGUGCCCGCCUGUGGACUGCGAGUUUACUGUGGUGCCCGAGGGCGAGUGCUGUCCCCGCUGUGUCACCGACCCCUGCCAGGCCGACACCAUCCGCAACGACAUCACCAAGACAUGUACGGACGAGCACAACAUCUCACGCUUCAGCGGCUCCUCCUGGAUUAAACAUGGCACAGAGUGCACUCUGUGCCAGUGCAAGAAUGGACACAUCUGUUGCUCAGUGGAUCCCAUGUGCCUUUAGUCCUGGCAGAUCUGAAGGCACCUGUACAGUGUUCUCCAUGUAAAAAAAUACAAAAAAAAUACAUAAAAAAUAACACCAUCCCUGUGUCUCUUCACUGUCCUCCUCACAGACGUGGGUCACAUAGUGUUUGCGUUGUAAGGAUUUGUUUUGGCCUGCUGAAUCAGAUGGGUGGAAGUUCCGAAUAACACACCCAGUGUCACAUUGUCAAAUACAGACAA